AUGUCAGUCGUCACUGCCACUGACGAUGGCGUCCCGGAUCGUGGUCCGGCUGUCUUUGCCGUGACAACGGCAACAUUCGUAUUAGCGAGUGUCAUGGUAGCCGCCCGCCUUUUCUGCAGGCGCUUCAUCGUCAGAAAUGUCAGCUGGGACGACAAGACCAUGUUCCUGGCCUGGCUGAUUGCCUUUGGAUUGUCUUUCACCAUUUGCUUCGGCACCCGUAGAGGACUUGGCCGUUAUGAUUCCGACAUUGCUAGGAGCCAUUGGGAUUCAUUGCGAGCGUGCGAAUAUGUCUUUUCAAUACUCUAUAAUCCCGCCCUUAUGGCAACAAAAACCGCCGUCUUGAUCUUUUACCUGCGACUCUCCAAAAACACCCAAAAAGUACUUAGAUUCGCUUCUUGGGUCACUCUGGGCAUCGUCAAUCUCGCUGGCACCGUGCUCACCCUCAUGAACAUUUUUCAAUGUCGACCCGUUCAGGCAGCGUGGGAGGUUGGGCAGGACACCUCCCAAUGCAUCCCGCUGCUUACCGAAUUCAUUUGCUCAGCGCCGAUAAAUAUCGUCACCGAUCUGGCCAUCUUGGCCCUACCGAUACCAGUCUUAACCGGCAUGAGACUGCCUCCGAGACAGAAGAUCAUCCUCGUCCUUACCUUUACCCUCGGUAUCUUUGUUACUGUCGUGGACGUCGUCCGCAUCUACUACUUACAGCAAGCCGUCACCUCUGUCCCUACCGGCGUAUCGACCGACCCGAACUCCCGCUUUGGCGGCACCCCGAACUUCGCUUGGAACUCGUCCCUGUCUUUCAUGUGGUCAGCUGUGGAGGUGAACGUUGGAAUGUCGUGUGCUUGCAUCCCGACUCUGAAGCCUCUCAUCAUCAAGAUCCUCCCUGCCAUGAUCAUUGACCCCGACGGAACGCGCUCGAGCACUCAGACGGAAAAGGACAUCCUGGACAGCCCGAGAAACCGUAACGGCAGCGACGGCCUGAUUUUGCCGACAACGAACCCGAACCGUGGCAGUGUCAGUGUCCAGCAGCCACCUGCGGCAGCUCGUGCCAGCCGAGAUUUCGGAGCGUCUUUGAAUCCUACGACUGCAGACACCGAUGGCAAUGGGCUGACCGCGCUCGAGUUUCUCACCACCCCCGAAAUGACGCUAGAACAAUUCGAGGCGUCCAGCGCAGGCAGGCUAGGUGGGAUGAGGACCAGAACUUCCAUGGCGACCAGCAGAGAGAAUACCAUCUAUUUUGGCUUCGUCAAUAUGAGGCGGCCGAAAAGCAUGGUCAAGUGUGAUUCUCAAGAAUCGUUCCGCUACUGCCUCGUGGUUACCAUCCUAUUCCUGAUGUGGGGCAUCUCGUACGGCCUGCUCAACACCCUCAACAACGUCAUUUCGAGCGUCUCACAAAUGUCUGUGGCCCAGACGCUUGGUCUCACAACCGCGUACUUUGGCGGCGGUUACUUCUUUGGCCCCUUGGUCGUGGGUGAGUGGAUUUUGAGGCGCGAUGAGCACCACCGCAGAAACCGGAAGAACAACCGGCACGGGGCCGAGAGCGUCGGGGGCUUCAAGGUGACAUUCAUUGUUGGACUUUGCUUUUAUGGCGUUGGGACCAUUAUCUUCUGGCCAUCUGCCGUCACCAAGUCUUGGGGUGGUUUCUUACUCAGCAACUUUGUCGUUGGCUUUGGUUUGUCCGUCCUGGAAACAGGUGCGAACGCCUUCCUGAUUCUCUGUGGACCGCCAGAGUACGGCGAGACACGACUUCUGCUCGCCCAGGGCGUUCAAGGCAUCGGCGCCGUUCUAAGCGGUCUGAUGGCUCAGCGGGUCUUCUUCACCAAGAUCACCAAUCAGGACGGUACCAACGACAACUCCACAACGCUACUCAACGUCCAAUGGACCUACCUUGCCAUCACGCUUUUGUGUGUGGCCCUCGGGCUGUUCUUCUAUUACAUGCCCCUACCAGAACUAAACGACAACGAACUACAAGAAACAGCAGACCGGCUGCCAGUCAACCCCCAUAAGCGCAGCAUUGGCGGGCUACAACUCCGGACAUGGAGCCUAAUAUUUGCCGUCAUUGCCCAAUGGACCUACGUCGCUUCGCAAGAAUGCAACAACAUAUUUUUUCGCGCCCUGCUCAUCGCCAUCCUUCCGAACCAAGAAGACGCCGGAUCAGCGGCAACGAACGCAGACACGAACCCAGGGGAGAACAGCGACAAACCGCCUGGCCUUGCACUGGGGGUGACGGACUAUCACCUCGUUGCCCACAGCGCAUUUGCCGUAUCGCGAUUCAUCGUCGCAUACCUCACGUACUUGUCCGUUCGAAACCCUCGCAUGCCAAAGCCGAGAACGUGGCUAUCAAUCAGCGUGGGCCUGUCGCUUUUCGCUGCCCUUCUCACGGUGGUGCUCAGGCCGGCGGACCCCAACAUGCUGCUGAUCCCGGUUGUCCUGUUCUACUUUGGCGAAGGACCCGUCUGGCCGCUAAUCUUUGCCAUCGGCCUUCGAGGCCAGGGCCGGCGGACGAAGCGGGCGGCCGCUUUCAUCACCAUGGGUGGCUCCGGCGCCGCCUUCUUCCCCUACGUCAUGUACGCCAUCAUCAACAACGGCGCCACGGUGCAGCUUGCAUUUGUCCUCAUCGUGGCCCUCUUCGUGCUGACGGCCUUUUACCCCAUCUGGCUCGAGUCCCUCAAGGACGCAAGGGCUAUGACGAAUCCCGAGCACUCGGUCAUCACCGCCGAGGAGCGUCAGGCUCACGAAGACGAGAUCGACAUGAACCGCGAAGUAAGGAGGCGCCGACGAACACUGUCCACCAUUGCGGCGAAGCGCAAGCGAGGCAGUAUCUUUAGCAAAAUAUCCCCGUUUGGCAGAACCAACGGGGAAAGCGUUACUCCCCCGGCCGUUGAGCAUUCUGAAGAAAAGAAUUCCAACAAGUCGUCUGAGGCGAGCAACGAUACACGGUCCCAGACCCGCCGUGCCGACCCCGACGGCAUACGCCCCGACGCUCUUCAUCCGCCUGAACCCAUCCGCAUCCGACACGCCGCCGACCCCGAUGACUUUGAUGUGCAACAACUCGGGCUCCUGCGAGACCAGCUCCGCAAUCGUCUUGACAUUUCCCAAAGCCAGCGGGUGCAGCGGCGCACCGGCCAUGCCGCCGAGCCCGGAGCCGGGGAGCCGCGGCGCCAGCUCAUCUGUCUCUUCUUCCAACAACAGACACGAGCCGAGCGUGUUCACCGCCGUGAUGAAGCUGAUCUUGCUCGGCACCUUGAGCAUCGCGUUCGUGGUCACGACGGUCGCGUCCUCGCGCAGCGCGGCGAUGAGCUCCUGGUAGUGCGCCGGGUGGGUGUACGGCGGCGUCUUCAGCCCGACGGGGACGGCGGGCGUCUGCGGGAGGGCGGCGAGGUAGGCCUUCAGCUGGGCGCGGUCCGACGCGGGCGGCGCGGCGGCGGCGAUGUUGGGGCACGAGAGGUUGAUCUCCAUCGCGAGCGGGUGCGUCGUCGUGGCGGCGAAGGCGGCGACGCGGGCGUAGCAUUCUGCGAUCUCGUUCGGGGAGCCGGUGACGCUUACGAUGAUGAGCUUGCGGUGGUGGUGGCCCUCGAUGGGGGAUGUGGGCAGCUCGGCGAUGAAGUCGAGGUAGGUGUCGAGGGGGAGCGGGGAGUAGCCCAGGUUGUUGAGCGAGGCGACGUCUUCUGGGCGCAGGUCCUUCGGGGUGGUGUGGUGGGAGGAGGAGUUGGGGACGGUGGGGGAGGGGCGGGAGGUUGA